ACCAGCGAGGCCGCCAUACGUCACGGGGACCCAGCGGCGCUGCAAGUCCGCCACCAAGUGGAGCGACGGGCCAGCUGUUUCUUCCGGAGCGGCUAGGUGCGGGACACAAAGAGACCUGCGAGAAAUGAACGGCUCUCCGAGAUCGAAAUGAAGCUGGGACGCGCAAUCCUGUCGUGCGUGCUCGUCGAGCUGCUUCGAGGAGCGAGCCGGGCGCGCGGCGAGGAGGAAGACGAGGUGUACCGCGGCAAGUACCUGGGCAAGAUCAACUCGUACCACCACCAGGUGUCGGGCGACGUGUACGCGGUGGACGAGUACACGCUGCUGCUCGUACAGUUCAACUACGACGGCAACGCGGCCGACGCCUUCUUCUGGGCCGGUGCCGCCAACCGCCCGGGGCCCGAGGGCUUCAUCGUGCCCGAUGAGUACGGCAAGACCAACGUGCUGGCGCGCUACUUCAACAAGGACUUCACGCUGUCGCUGCCCGACCGCAAGAGGAUCACCGAGAUCAAGUGGCUGGCGGUGUACGACCUGGCCAGCCAGAACACGCUCGGCGACCUGUACAUCCCGGAGGAGUUCGAGCCCCCAAUCCCGCAGAAGAUCUCGCAGCUGACGACGCGCUCCGACCACGUCAGCUCCGACUCCGUCGAGAUCCUGGACGCCAAGACCCUCCGCAUCGUCCAGUUCUCCUACGACGGCCGGGGCAAAGACACGUACUUCUGGGUGGGUGUUGGGCCGCAGCCGUCGUCUAAGGGCAGCAAAGUCCCGGACGAGUAUGGCUACCUGGACCCGAUACGCUCGUACUCCGGAGAGGACGUCACCCUGGAGCUGCCCGGCCAGCUGACCAUAUUCAACAUCGACUGGUUCAGCGUGUUCGACGCGGCGACCAAGGAGAACUACGCCUCCGUCAUCAUCCCCGACGGCCUCAACGUGCCGCCGUCCCUCGUCAAAGUCUUCCCACACACAACCACGCUGCCCAACUGCGUCCAGCUACACAAGGACCUGCAAGUGGCCUGGGAGGUGUUCGGGCCCCAGAUCACCAUCCAGCUGUCGGGGCAAGUGGGGGAAGACGACUACAUGGCGUUCGGCCUGAGCGGUUCGACCACCAAGAGCGAGGUGGUGGGGUCCGACGUCACCGUGGCGUACGUGGACGGCGUGAGGGGAUACGCCGUGGACUACAACGUCACCGCCAAGACUCCGUGCUCCAAGGUGCUGGGCCAGUACAAGGGCGUUUGCAAGGACGAGCUGCUGGGCGGGAUCGACAACAACCAGAUGCACACGGCCGUGCGCGACAACGGCAUCAGCGUCAUCACCUACCGCCGGUCCCUCAUCUCCUCGGACCCGGGCGACAAGGAGUACGUGACGGAAGGCUUGUCCUACGUGGUGUGGGCCGUCGGCCGGCUGAGCCACAACAAGGAGCCCAUGUUCCACGACCUCUACCCCAAGGCCGACCUCCAGCUGGAGCUGAACCGCAAGGACGGCGGCAGUGACUGCGUCGCCUUCACUCGCUCCACCAGGAACUCCACUGGUCCUUGGAAGCGCGCGGAGAUAUUUGACCGCAGCGUGAGAACGUUCACCGCCACUGUCGGGCCGUCGGGCGGCCGGCGCGGCUACCAGGGCAUCACGGGCAUGACGACCACGGGGCUGGUGUGGUACAUCAACGGGCUGCUGGCGCCGGAGCUGUGGCUGCGACGCGGCCUCACCUACUCGUUCCGGGUGCUCGGGGGCAACAACCCGCACAGCGCGGAGUACUACCACCCGCUCAUCGUCACGGACGAGCCGCACGGCGCGCUGGAGGCGCUCGGGGAGGAGGCCCAGCGCCGAGUGCGCGUCCUGGCGGGCGUCGAGUACACCCGCCGCGGCCAGCCCAAGCCCACCGCCGCCGGGCCCCUCUGCCUCAGCAAGCACAACGGACGGGACCGAAGACUGGACGAUGCCUUCCCCGACUUCAGGAAGUUCAACCGUUCCCUCACCUUCACCUGUGAAGAAGGCAAGGCGGCGCGGCUGGAGGUCACGCCCAACACGACCUGGCCCGACGUCGUCUACUACAACAGCUUCACCCACCCCAACAUGGGCUGGAAGAUACACAUCGUGGACAGCUACGCCAAGGUCGCCCCUUCGUCGGCCUUCGCGCCGCGCCUCGCGGCCGUGCUGCCGGUCGUGGCGGCCGUUUUCCACCUGCUGGGGCGCGCGUGAAGCCUCCUCCUUACCUCCCCGACCACUCUCUCGAACUCCCCGCGGCGAGACCCUUUCACGACAAGGAACCUCUAACUACAGGGCGUCCGCGCAGAUCUCUAGCACCAUCCGAAAAGAAAAUGCUUCCUCGGUCUGGGUAAUGGCAGGCUGGAGAACUUCCUUCUCAAAUAUUACCACCACUGAG